GAAUAUUGAGCACAGUCGUGCUUUUGUGUAUAUAAGAAGAGAGCAAAUUUGUUUCAAUUUUAUUUGUUUCAAUUAAACUUUAUAGAUUUUGGGUUCUGAAGAAAAUAAAAACUAAAACUAUGAAUUGGCUUGGAGAAGCGUUGACUGCAAUUGUGGAUUCUGAGCGUAACACCGAUUGUAAAUUUAUCAUCAAUGAUAAGGUCUAUUUAGGCCAUAAAUUGAUCUUCUCGUGUGCGUCCGAAGUCUUUGAGCGCAUGUGCUAUGGAAACUUUACCGAGGGAACAACUGGAGAGAUUAAGCUAACAGACGUGGAGCCCGAAACUUUCGUCAUGUUUCGAAAUUUUAUCUAUAGCGGCGACUCGGAGAUAAAAUGUGAUGACGUAGAACAAAUUAUAAAGCUACUCGAGUUCGGACAUAAAUAUCUUGUGAGCAGCAUUAAGGACGCCUGCGUUGACAAGUUGAGAAAUCGUUUAACUCGAUGCAACGUAAUCGAACUUCUGGCCAUAUAUCAAUGCUCGCACGUACUUUCGUGUUCCUCAUUAUUUAUUAAAGUCAAUUCAUAUCUUAAAGGGGAAGCAAGAGAAAUAGUCAACCAGGCGACCAUUUUUGAUUUUCCAGUGCACACAUUCAAGAAUUUAAUUAUAGUUCUUAAGGGAUGUAUUCCGGAGUUGAACCGUUUUCAACUUAUUGAAAAAUACCUAAAUUUACAUGAUAAACCCGAAAUUCAAUCCCAUAAGAAAUUAUUUCUUGACUUAAUCUCUUUUGAAAAGUUCACACCUAAAAAUUUCUAUAAUGGACCCGGAAAAUCAAAGCUACUCGAUUUACAACGCAAGUACGAGCUAAUGUAUUCUAUUGCAAAAGCCCGACACUAUUGAUAUUGACACAAUUAUUUUGUAAUUUGCACUAAGAUCCCAUACCAUAUAAUAAAGUUCAACAUGUGCGACAAUGCCCAGUAGAAAUUUUUUAUGUA